AUGAGUCCUACAUAUUCCAGGGGACUAAAAAAGUUGCAGUGUUUUAACUGUGAUGAAUCUGCAAAUGAGAAGUUCAGGACAACUUCUAGGAUAUUUAUGGCACACCCGUCAAACCACAGAGUGAGAAAUGGCGGAUUUUUGAGAUUCUUAUCGAUUCUUGUUGGCUUGAUAUUGGUUGUUUACGUCUGGAGACCGUCUCCAUCUUCUUCUGGACGGUCUCAUAAGCCUAAGAAGAAGUUUAAGGCUUUGGUUUCGUGUCCUGAAUGUUCUUGUGACUGCCCACAAUCGGAUUCAUUCACCCUGCCUUCAGGUAUAUUUAACGUGUCAUCAUCAGGUUGUACUAGUGAAGAUCCAGAGAUGAAUGAGGAAUUGAAGAAGGAUACCAUAACUUUACUUUCAGAGGAGAUUAGCUUACAGCAAAAUGUAACACGGGAUAUCUUGGACCAUGCUUUGGAAUUAACAAUGGAUGCAAAGCAAAUGGCAUCUUUUCACCGAAGAGAAGCACAGAAGUGCUAUGUACGUGUGGAUACAUGCGAGACUGCACGGGAAAGGGCUGAAGCAGCAUUACUGAAGGAGAGCAAAUUGACUCUGCUGUGGGAGGAACGAGCUCGGAACUUUGGGUGGAGAGAUUAG